AUGAAACACGAAUAUUUCAAACGUGAUCCCGAUAAGUGGGGUAUCAUAGGUUUUCUAAUGGAAUGUACUGAGGAACCAUUCGAACGUAAAAUAGAUAAAUACGUUAAAGAGCUCGAGACAAUCGGUGUAGGUGGUAAUGGUAGCGUGACGAAGCCUGCUAGGAAGUUCGUUCAUUCAAGGCUGUUAGCCGAGCUACAAACUAUUACUGAGUUCAACGGGAGUAUAAAUGGAAAUAUAACUACCGGAACUGUCAACGGUGGGAUUAUUACUAAUGGAUCACCUAGAGAAACUAUAUCAAAAAGGAGCAAUGAGGAGAAGACCGAACGAGAUUUCCCGAAAAAACGGACAAAAUUAAAUCAACUACCACGUACUCAAAUCAAACCAUCAGGCUCCUCGAGAACUUUUCCUCUAGAAACCAAUGGAAAGACCCCAGCUCACGAUGAUGAAAGUGACAAUGAGAGUAUUAUGAGCGAUUCGCCACUUUACGACGAAUUUGCAAGGGAGAUGAAGAUGGCUGAUGAAACCAAAGAAUAUUACUCUGAUCCGGAAUCUACGGAAUCUGUUAAUGAUGAUGAUCCCGACGAUCCCGACUAUGUAGAAUAUUCGUCAUAUGACAGUUCUGAUAAUGACGAUACUGAUGUAGAUGAUAAUAAGUUGAAGUCAAAGAUAGAUUUGGCUGAAUUCGAAAAGACAUACUCAAAAAUGAAUCAUUCGGAAAAAUGGACCCUUUCUACGGGAAAAAUAGUAGAAGAUGCACUACACGAUUUUGGUGUUAAAUGCAGGCACGAACACCUAUGUCAUUCAUUUGUGAUAGAUCCAAAUGAUAAAAUUUAUAUCAAUGAAGAAGUUUUUACUGAGACUGAACUUGAAGAAAUUCGAAACCAUAAACUUAAGCCAAUGCCACAGAUGCCCCAAGACUUAUUAACGUACCUUAACAGUUUUCGUGUGUCCGACAUCUCAAGCCUUAGAAAUGCUAUAUUUAAAUCUCAGCAGUGGGAUUCUCCAUACAAUCGACAAACACAUUUUGACCAUGAUUGGAUUCGAAAUACCGCGUACAACUUGUUACAUGAAUAUGAAGCGGGGAGUUUAGAGAAAGAUCAUCUGGAAUUGUGGCUCCUGGUUCAUGUUUGGAAUUUUGUAGACAGAGGAUUUGGGAAUGUCGAUGGAUUGGAAACCGCAAGGAAAAAUCGUAAUCGAACCGGAUCUGCAAUUGUCAAGAUGAAGAGAAAGAUUAUGGGAAGGCGUGGAGAUCUUAUCAUUCGAAAGGUUUCUACUGAGUACGGAUGUUCAGAGGCCGGUAAAUCUUUUGAAGGUAACAAUGGGACAAAACUUUUGCAUGAAAGAGGUAUAAAAGCUCCGAAGAUGAUGAAGGAUAUGCUUUAUUCUUUGUGUGAAGCUGUUGGCAAUGAAGAGAAAAAGAUAAGGAAACUACAAUCUAUCGGGUCUGAUGAUAUUAUUGCUUAG